AGUCUUAGUAAUCAUAAGCGUAAGUUGAAGUUUAAUUAAAAAACAUUAUGGCAUGAAAAAUGAAUUAAUUAAAUAGGAAAUAUGAUUAAUAUCUCAAAUGUAGAGUUGCCGUAAUUAUUACUUGUCAUGAUUUUCUCACAAUUUAGACUUUUAUAGUAUUAGUGAAUAUUUACAAAUGUCUACAUAUAGACUUUAUAAUUAUGAAAUGUCACUUUUUGUCUCAUUUUUCUGCCUCAUUAUUUUGACUUUUUUUUUAUCUCAUGAGUAUGUGACUAAGUUACGUUAUCAUUACAGCUUUUCAUCAUCGUGAAUAUUUAUUAAAGCAUUUUUUGUCUUAAAAUUUGGUUCCUAUACGUUAACUUCCCGGAAACAGCCAUCUGGAUCUGCUCAGAUUUACGUAAAUCCUCAUGAAAGGCAAAAAUCAAACAUUUCCUGACCGGAGUGCGUCAUCAGUCAUGUGAUAUUUUCAGUUGCUUUAGAAUAAACAAAACGGCUUUAGUGUAAAUACGCCGGAGUAAAUCACGAGCUCUGUAUAGAUGUAUGAACAUCCAGAAAUAUGUAAUCAAUGCAACUUAAAAUACGCUUAAGUUUGGGGGACAAAUCCAAAACUAUGACUUUAAAGGUGAAAAUGACUAAAUCAUUUAUUUGUGGGAAUUUUUAUUUUAUUUUAUUUGCAAUGCAAAUCAGUUGUAUAUAUUUAAAUUAGGGGCUUUCGUGCAUUAAACCAACUCUAUUUAAUGAAAAAAUCAUUGCAUGAUUUCAAAAUUGUGGUUUUCAUGUGCAUUAGCAAAACCAAAAGAAAAUGACUCGCUGUACAGGUUUAUUAGAAUCACUAGACACAAAGACAAGUUAGAGCACCUUACAUAAUUAUGAGUUUAUAAUGUAUCUUAGAAUUACGUCUCUCUCAACUUUAUGAUUUAGCAUAAAUCAUCUGAAUCCAUCAGUCAGGGCUCACUUCACAUAACUAUAAAAUCAGUUAAUGCAUUGUUUAUAUAGAAAUUUGUUUAUACAGAAAGCAAAAAUAUCUCUCUUUAAUGUAUUUGUUCAUGUUUUAUCUUCUUUUUUAUAGCUUGCCUGAAGCCUUGUGGCAAUGCAGUCAUAUCAGUACAUGUAUCCGGUUUAAUACUAAGGAAACUACCACAUUAAAAAGUUAUGAUAAAAAGAAUAGAACGUAACCAUAACACGGUAUGAAACCUAACAAAAAAAGAUCUCAAAAAGCCACGUUUGCAUUGCUUGUGGUAUAAAAUAAACAUAAACUGCCACAUAAAUAUGAAAAGUUACAAAGUUUCAUUACUGACGAAUGAAAGUUACCCGCUUCUUUGUUUUAUCGAUGAUUGAUACUCACAGUGUGUUUCACGAAAUCAUGGAGAACAUAAUAUAGAGGCGUGUAAAGCAAACCCGAGCACCUGCAACUUUAUAUUUGCAUAAAAACACAAAAGUGACCUCUUGUACUUGUUGGUGAUUGGCUGCUCCGGGCUGUUUCGGCCCGAAACCCGAUAAGCUUCUACUGUACCUGCUUUAAGCUCACGCCCAGUUUAUACACAAACACUAUUGUUUCGUUCACUUCGACCACCUUUCAUUUCCCUCUCCUCGAACGCAUGUACGCACGCAGGGGGGAAAAUGGCAGGAAUGAAUAUCUCCGUGGACAAGGAGCAGUUCUGCUGCUCUGUGUGCUUGGAAGUGCUCUGGGAGCCGGUCACCAUUCCCUGCGGACACAGUUAUUGCAUGGAGUGCAUUAAAGGUUACUGGAGGAAAUGCGAGUCGAAAGAGGAAUACAGCUGCCCUCAGUGCAGACGCACCUUUAAUCCCAAACCUGCGCUGUGCAGAAACACCAUGCUGGCUGACAUUGUGGAGAAACUGAGGAGAACCGGCGUUCAAGAAGCCGCUGGAAAAGCAGCGGAUGUCGACUGCGAUGUGUGCACCGGGAAGAAGCAUCGAGCUGUUAGGUUUUGCGUGAAAUGUCAGACGUUUUACUGCGAGAUGCACCUGAAACCUCACAACGAAAGGAACCGGGGCAGGAUGCAUCCGCUCACUGAAGUCACAAAACUGCCGCAGAAGAGAAUCUGUUCGCGGCACAAUAAAUUGCGGGAUGUGUACUGUCGCACAGACCAGCAAUGCAUUUGUAGUUUGUGCGUCAAAGACGGACACAAGGGGCACAGCGUGGUGGCGGCGGUGGAGGAGAGGAUGGAAAUACAGAAACAUCUCGAGGAAGCGUGGAAAAAGUCAAAACAGAGGUGUAAGGAACGAGAGAAAGAGCUCAGAGACAUCGUGAAAUAUGUCAAGCGUUCAGCGCAAGCGGUCGAGGAAGACAGCGAAAAGAUCUUCACCAGACUGCAGCGCUCCGUCGAAAGAAAGCAUCUGGAGGUGAAAGAGCUGAUCAGAGGGGAGGAGAGGACGGCUCUCGGACAGACCGAGAAGCUCCUGGAACGACUGAAUCAACAGAUAGUUGAACAGAGGAGAGGAGAAGCCGAGCUGGAGGCGCUCUCGAACACAGAAGAUCAUAUCCAUUUCCUGCAGAACUACAAGACCCUCUGCGCUCCUCCCGACGCCGGGGGGCGGCCCAGCAUCGACGUCCAUCCUUACUUCUCCUUACUGAUACUCAGAAAAGCCCUCGUAGAGCUCGCGGAUAAAGUCGGCGAAGUCUGUGACAGAGAAUCGAUGAAGAUCGCAGAAUUAGUCGAUGGAGGGCACGAUCAGUCAGCUGAAAACUCCCUGAGCUGUCCGUUGAACACCGAUACAGCCCAUAGACAUUUACAGCAGACUGAGCCGAGGACCAGAGGAGAUUUCUUACAGUACUCCUGCGAUUUGACAUUAGACCCAAACACAGCCAACUCUUUGCUCCGCCUUUCUGGAGACCGCACAGAGGUCACGACCGGCCACGAGCCGCAGCUGUACCCCGAUCACCCGGAGCGCUUCGUCAGCUGGGCUCAAGUCCUGUGCACCGAAGGGCUGUCUGAACGCGGUUACUGGGAGGUGGAGUGGAAACACGGCAGAGUUUCGGUCGGCGUUUCCUACAGAACCGGAGGAAACAUGGACCAAAAACUGGGAUGCAACUCGAAAUCGUGGAGUUUAGAUUUCUCCGAUUCUCUUUGUUUGUUCCAGCACGAUAAGCUUAGCGUAGAAAUACACACUCCGAUGCCUCACAGAGUUGGCGUGUAUCUCGAUCACAGAGCUGGAACGCUGGCGUUUUAUUGCGUUUCUCUGGCAGACGAUACCAUGGUUUUGCUGCACCGAGAGCAAACUACGUUCACUCAGCCUCUCUAUCCUGGUUUCUGGGUCGGAAUUGGAUCUACUUUGAAACUCUGUCGAACUUUCAGUUUUUCAGCGUAGUUACGCAUUCUGUGCUCUCAUUUGGUUUCAAUAGACAGUUCGCCCAAAAAAAUCAAAAGUAUGUCAUUCGCUCACCUUUGUGUUGAAUUUGUGCGUCUCUCUUGUGGCUUGUUAUUGCUGAAGCUAAAGUGCCCACGCAACAAUAAAAAGUGCUCUGACCUCGAUAUAUCCUAU